AUGGGACGCUCACCGGUCGACUUACUAUCUUCGUCGCUGAGGUCAGUCUUCGAAUCGCUAUCCAAGACCGCUCUGGUUCUCUCAGUAUGGCCGUCUGAAUGCCCUCCCAAUCCUCUGUUUUCAUUUCAUCUCGCUAUCCCCGGCUCAGCUCGGGUCUCCGUGUUCAAGGAAACGACCCACUUGGCGUGCUGCGCAGAUAUCAUGCUGAUGUGCCUGAAACUUGCGUCGAUUCUCUACUGGCCGUGGGCUCGACCGCCCUUCGCCGAUCUGGCGCGGGCGACCAAUAGCGAAAACCCCGCACUACUUUGCCCGAAAUUGCUUCAGAACGCGAGGCACAGUCCGGCCAUGGGCGACCAAUGGCGAAAAUCACGCAUUCCUAUCCUCACCCUGCCUCGUCUCGAGAUGCGAGGCACAGCCCGAUCAGGUAGCGUGCUUGGAAGAUGCAUGGAUUGGCCUAGACCGGGAAUGAACAACCGUGAAGGAUCGCCAUUGGCCUUCAUACUCUGA